UAUUAUGUAUUUGAAAUGUUUUUCUAAUAUUUUACAGUCAAUAUAUUGUUUUAAAAUAAAAACAUACAUCCGUAGUGGCUGAAGUUUUAAGCUCUUGUAGCGAUAUAUAUUAAAGUACAAUAAAAAUGUUUACAACCGAUAAAACUUCAGCGGCGAAACAAGCAAUAUUUUAUUUUUUACUAUCUGGUGUUGUGUUUAUUACCUCAUUAUUUUCUAGCAAAUUACUAGGACACACCACAGAACUAUGGGCCCUGACCUACUGGGGCCCUGCCUUGUACUUUUGCUUGUUCAACUUUGUUUUGAGAUACUCCCUUAAAGGCUUUGCUUAUGAUAUUGCAGUUCGAUCAGCCUUUCUUGGCUUAGUGUUUGCUGUCGGACUGUAUGUCUCAACAUUCAACAAUGGUUACUACAUAUUCGGGUUGUAUGCGAUGGCAUUCUCGAUGUUCCACUUCUCGGAGUUUGUAUCGGUGGCUCUCACCAACCCUAGGACUCUGACAGUGGACUCGUUCAUCCUGAACCACAGUGUUCAGUACUGGCUGGCGGCCACGGCGAGCUGGACUGAAGCUUGUCUUGAGUUCUACUUUUGUCCUAGUCUUAAGUCAUGUUCAUGGUUGACAUAUCUGGGUGUGGUGCUGUGUGUUGGUGGUGAAAUUAUGCGAAAGUCAGCCAUGUUCACAGCCAAGACUAAUUUCAAUCAUCACGUGCAAACUGUGAAGAGGCCAGACCAUCAGCUGGUGACUAGUGGUGUUUAUGCCAUCUGCAGACAUCCCAGCUAUGUAGGCUGGUUCUACUGGUCUAUUGGAACACAGGUGAUAUUAAUAAAUCCGCUGUGCAUAGUGAUAUAUGCACUUGUGUCAUGGUCGUUCUUCCUUGAGAGGAUCAUAGCAGAAGAGAUGUUCCUAAUAUCAUUCUUUGGAGACAAGUAUUAUGAGUAUAUGGACAGAGUUGGCACUGGUCUGCCGUUCAUCAAGGGCUAUGAACCCGAGGCUGAAGUCAGCAUGUGAUGUUUGUAAGACUUUGGUUUCUGACCAUAGAAUGUAGAAGAAUAGACUUUGUCUAUGGUAU